AUGGGUGACGCCAAUUGGGGCCCUAGGUCAAGGGGCUUAGGUCCCGUAAAGGAAGGCGACACCCGUGUGGGCGAAGUGGGUGAGGGCGUGGGAGGCACGAUAGAUGGAAGCCCUAGUGGUGCUAGCAGGGGCUUGGGUCCCGUAAAGGAAGGCGACACCCGUGUGGGCGAAGUGGGUGAGGUCCAAAAAGAUUUCGGUGAUUCGUUGGGCAACACCCCUCCUCUGUCAAGUCACGUGGGCAUUAAGGCUUGUGGCGACGCCAUUGAGUUGUCCCAGACACUAGGUGACGUCAAUGAGUCACUAGGCAGCACUAAUGCUUUGGGCGACAUGGGGAUCAAAAUGGGCGCUUGCGAGAAGAGGGGAGUGGCUAUGUUGAGGCGGACAGGAGCUUGA